AUGGCGGCUUCUUUUCCGCUCCCAGUGACCCAGGACCUGUCCACGUUGCGUGCCAAGUUGCAGGGACUGCUGCAGUUCCUGAGAGAAGCCCUGUCCAUUUCCAGUGCACAUACGGUGGACUUCUACACUGAGUCCGUGUGGAAGCAACUGGUCGACUUGCCCCCGGAGACCGUGCUGGGGGUGCUGAAGCGGUCAGCGGCCGAGGCGGAGGCUCGGUCCCCCGAGGCGCGCCUCCUGAUGGAAGCCGAGAUGGGAUCAGGUAUUGCCAAUUUUCCCCAAAUAUUUUGUGAAACUUCCCAGAAGCUGGUGAGUGUGGAAGCCUUUGCUUUGGCUGUGAGAUAUUAUUCUGUACAAAACUUGGGAAUAUGUACUCCUUUUGAACAGUUGCUUACAGCCCUUCGAGGAAAUCAAAAACAGAGAACUGGUGAAAAUGUGAAACCAGAUGAGUUUAUGAAUUUGAAAAAGUCUCAUGAAGUUCAGGUUAUGUCAGAGCUGAUCAGCAGUAUUGCUGAUUACUGUGGAAUAAAGCAGGUAAUUGACCUGGGUUCUGGAAAAGGCUACCUAAGCUCUUUUUUGUCCUUGAAGUAUGGCUUAAAAGUUUAUGGAAUUGAUUCCUCAAAUACCAAUACUCAUGGAGCUAAGGAGAGAAACAGGAAAUUGAAGAAACAUUGGAAAGUCUAUCGUACUCGGUCAAAAUUAGAUGGCAAUGGACUGGCAUUAAAAAUGUCAAAAGAAAGGAAAGUACAAGAUGAAAUUAAAUAUAAAGUAGAUAUUGAGGGAAUAUGUAACAACAGUCCUGCAAAUCAAGGAAAGAUGUCUACCUCGGAUUUUUUGCCAGAUUUUUCGGAUUCUGUAAUUUCUAACAUUAGAACACAAAUGGAAAACCUACAUGUGUAUUCACAUCGAGAAGAAAAUUUGUGUUUUGAAAAUGCCUUUUCUCUUAUAGACCUUUUGCCUAUUAAUGCUGUAGAACCUACUUCAUUGCAAACAUCUAAGAGAAAUAUGUCUGAAGCAAAUAAAGAGAGAAGAAAAAUGAUAUCAAAGUCAAAUGAAUCAAAUAUAUACUCACCUUUAACAUCUUUUAUCACUGCUGAUUCAGAACUGCAUGAUAUUAUUAAAGACCUGGAGGAUUGUUUGAUGGUAGGCCUCCAUACUUGCGGUGAUCUUGCUCCAAAUACCCUGCGAAUAUUUACUUCCCAGCCUGAAAUCAAGGGAGUUUGCAGUGUGGGUUGUUGCUAUCACCUCUUAUCUGAAGAAUUUGAAAACCUGCACGAAGAAAGCACCCAAGACAAGUGGGGAUUUCCAAUGUGCCAUUAUUUAAAGGAAGAGAGAUGGUGCUGUGGUCGUAAUGCCAGAAUGUCAGCAUGUUUGGCAUUGGAACGGGUUGCGGUUGGCCAAGGGCUGCCUACUGAAUCACUCUUCUAUCGAGCUGUCCUUCAGGAUAUUAUUAAAGAAUGUUAUGGCAUCACCAAAUGUGAUCGGCAUGUUGGUAAAAUUUAUUCCAAAUCCUCUUCCUUUCUGGACUAUGCCAGAAAGUCUCUAAAGAAGCUUGGGUUAGAUGAGUCCAAGCUGCCAGAAAAAGUUAUAAUGGACUACUACGAGAAGUACAAGCCUAGAAUGAAUGAGCUGGAAGCUUUUAAUAUGUUGAAAGUUGUUCUGGCUCCUUGUAUAGAGACACUGAUUCUUCUGGAUCGACUUUGCUAUCUGAAAGAGCAGGAAAAUAUUGCAUGGUCUGCACUUGUGAAGUUGUUUGAUCCUGUGAAAUCUCCCAGAUGUUAUGCUAUUAUUGCUCUGAAGAAGCAGCAAUGAUUUCAGUUGAAGCAAGGUAUUAGAUGUAUCUGUUUGUGGAAACUAUCACUAAUUUUGCUCUUCUAAACAUUUAUGUUGUGUUAUGUAAAUAUUUGAAAAAACAUUGCUCUAUUUUAAAUAAACAAUAAAAUAAUAGCUAAUAACAGAACACCAUAAUCUAUUUUUCCAUUGUCAAAGCAUACAUUAAUAAAAUAAGAACUCAUGAAAAUAUUUAAAAAGUAUUGACCUACAUUCCUGAGUUACUAUAUCAAUAGGACAUUGUAAUCUGACCCUUGUUCCCUAUUGUUUGAGACCCUUAAUACUUGCUACAUACCACAUUUUGACUUUUAUUGAUUUAAAAACUUUUUGGACAGAGGAAAGUUAUAGGUGUAUAUAUAAUAAAAUUAGCACAGAAGAUCACUUUCAUUUUCCUCCAGAUUUUGGAAGGAUUUUCCAUGUCAUCUGGAGGGAAAAAUCCAAAAAGGAAAGAAACACCCAGGAACCAGGCAGAUACAAAAAGUGCUUCAUAUGUGUUUUCAUCUAAGUUACAUGAGAAGAUAUUCUGUGUCCUUAAAGAAAUAGGCAUCUUGUGAGAUUCACUUUAAGGAAUCUUGAAGCUACUUAUCUUACUAAAAUAGAUAAUUACCUUGUGCUCUGUAGAAAGCCAGUCUGAGAAAAGCAAGAGCGAAUGAAAGAAGGCCAGCGCUAUGCCCAGUGUGGUACAGGUUCUUUUCAUUUGCAGAAAUCUUGAGAUUUCUAAUAUACACAGAAGAUACGACAGUUGGCAAAAAGCUUCCUUGAUGCUCAGCAAAAGACUAUAAAAUUCUCCCAUCAGAAGAAGUAACUACUCUCUUAAACUUUAGAGUCUAUCCGCAGAUGGAAAGAAUAAGUUUUUGCUCUGUUUUGUGAUAGGAAGUUUGCAGCCAUUAUAUAUGUGGAUGAUCAGGUACUUUGUAUAGCUAGUACAAUACUGGGGAAAAUAGCCACUUUUUAAGCUUUUUAUUAUGGAACAUUUCAAAUAUGUUCAGAAAUGAAGAGUAGAGUCUAACGAAUCGCAUGUACUCAUCACAAACUUCAAUAAUUAUCAACAUUUUACCAGUCUUGUUUCAUCUGUACACUUAUGAGCAUGCACACGUUCACAUUUGCCACCCCACCCACCAUUCCCAGAUAUGUAAGAUUUUGAACUUUUGCCCUGAUGCCUAAAUAUUUAUAUAACAUUAUUUUCUCAUUAUAAUAAAGAAAAAAAAAACUUCAUGUGUGUAAAGCUCUGUUUAGUAAAGUGAACUCCAACUGUUUCAAUACCAAGGAAGCUUUGUAGUAACUUCCCUAUGCCUUAAAAUAUUGUCAGAAAUUAUAUUUAUCAGUUAAUGCUUUCCAUUUUUAAUAGAGACAUUUGUGUGAUUCAAGCUAAUCAACAUGAGAUAACUUGUAUGACCCACUGAGAUGAUAAUAUUUCAGCAAGAGAACAAAGAAAUAUAAUAUUUUGGCAGGACUACAGCUUUAUACACAUGAAUCCCCAUUGCAAUGUUUGUAGACUCUCCUCUCAUAAAAACUGCUCUUUGAAAACUGAUUUACAGUUGAGCUAAAGAAGGUGAUGUAUUGGCAGGAGCAUCAAUCCUGACAGUUACAUUCUGAGUGAGCUAAAGCAAGACUCUUAAUAUCUCAGAGCCUCAUUUGUAAGGUGGGUUUCAUUUAAUUUUCAGUUUAGAAACAUUUAUUGAAUGCUUGUCAUGUGUCAGACGUUAGGCUAGGCACUGGCAGCAUGGAGACAAACAAGAUAUGUCCCUUUUCUCAAAGAGCUCACAGUCUAGUAAGAAAGACAACGAAAUUACUAAUUACCAUAAUUAGUACUGUAAUUAUUGUAUAGGGCUGAGAGGGUCAGGACAUGAGAUCCUUUAUGGUACCUUCAAAUUGAUAAGACUUCAGGGGAAGAUAGGCUCAGUAAUAUUAGUACCAUAGUUUAGAUUCAUAUGAGUUAAAUUAUUGUCUGUCCUUGUGUAGGUCACUUUAGUAUUCAGUAUGCCUCAGGUUUCUCAUCUGUAAAAAGAAUAUAAGAAUAAAAUUUACUUCUAAGGUUGUUAUGAGCAUUAAAAGAUUAAAUAUGUUAUUGAACUCCCACAAAACGUCUCCAGGCACUCUGUUAAUAAAGCAAAACUGAAUUUAUUAAAACUGUAGUAAUAGGGCAUUCUGCCUUGAGGGUCUCUGAAGGUAAAGUCAGGAGAGGAUAUUUACAGCAUUUUGAAGGUGGCUCUUUUCAGGUGGAGACCAGACUGCAAUUUGGAAAAGUUCAUGACAAGUUUUAUGAUUGGUAUCUAAUAGCAAGGCAAGGGUCUUGAAGCAAGUUCUGAUAAGUAAACUGUUGCUUGAUAAGUGAGCUCUUUGCCAAGGUGAGCAGAUUGUCUGAGAUAAAUUAAUAUAUGAGAAUUUCCUGAAACAAUGAAGUUAUUUAUUGGUUUACAGCCUUAUCUUUCCUGGGCAAAGAUUUCCUUUACCAAACAAAUAAAUCAUGUUGACACAGGUGGUCUCAGUUCUUAGACCCCAUAGCUCUGUCAUAUUAAUGCACAUGGUUGUAGUUCUCAACGUAAAGCAAUUAAUUCCUGGUACAUAAACAUAUGUAAAGCAAAUAGUAUAGGAUAGUAGACUCAAACCUAGAUAUGUCAGUACUUCCAUUAAAUGUACAUUAAAUGCUUCAAUUAUAAAACAAAGAUGACUAAUUGAAAAAAUAGAGCCCAAUAAGUUGCUGGUUAGAAAAAACAUCUAAAACAGGGGUAUAAAAAAUUCAAAAGUAAUAGGAAGGAAAAGGCAUAUUUGCAAUUACUCAUCAAAAGGAAGGAUAUUUAUCAAUAUCAAAGUAGAUUUUUAGUUAAUCUCAGGCAAAAAUAUUCUGGAAGAUAAAGGGUAACCUUUAUAAUGAAAAGAAUUUCAAUUUGCCAGGAAAAUGUAAGUUUGUAUUUAGUUAAUACCAUAAUUACAAAAUAUAUAAGGCAAAAAUUAACUACAGGGAGAAACAAGUCUACAAUCAUGCUGGGAAUAUUUUCAUGUUUCCCUCUAUCUUAUGGAAAAAGCAAACAAAACCAAAAAGAUACAAGAUUUGAACAAUGAAAGAAGUAAAAUUGAGCUAAUGGAUAAACAGUUUAUUAUAAACUGUUCCUAA